AUGGCGACUUUCAAAUCUCCGGAUGUCUGGUAUCUUGCCUACGGUUCUAAUAUGAGAUCUUCUGUUAUGACCGGCAGGGGAAUAAAACCACUCGAUGCCAAGACUGUAGUUGCACCAAGAUACUACCUCACGUUUGAUAUCUCCGGCGUACCGUAUGCUGAGCCCUCAUUCGCAAGUGUGGCCGAGUUCCCCGAUGAUAUCGACAACAAAGACGAGACGCUGAAAUUGCAUCUUGGCACCACUGCUAUCCCUGUCUUACCGGUUCAUGGGAUUGCAUAUUUGCUCACAGCUCGAGAUUAUAACCGCCUUGUUGUGACGGAGGGCGGUGGCGUGGCAUACGAUGAAAUCAGCCUAGAGGCAUUGGUGUUGACAGAAGGUCAAGUAACAUCACAACCAAGCUCACAAAAAAUCAUCGCGCGUACGCUCAAAGCCAAGUAUCCUCGACGCCCAAACGGCUCCCCGAGUGCACGCUAUCUGGGUCUACUGAUCCAAGGCUGCAAAGAACAUCGGCUCCCUUUGGAAUAUCUGAAUUACAUUAGCUCGAUGCCCUCCUAUACAGCAAAUUAUUGGAACCCAGGCUCACUUUUAUUCUUAUUACUCUGGCGUCCGUGGCUACGAAUUUUGAUUAGACUCAUUCGGAUACGGACCGACGAGAACGGGCACUGUCCACAUUGGCUGGGAAUCCUGAUUCUUACAGUAUAUGAAUAUAUGUGGAGCUAUCAUGAUCGGGUACACUCCAGAAUCUGGCAAUGCGGAGAUGGGACAAGAUUAGAAUUUAGAAGAUCUUAG